GCCCCUUCACACCUACUUUACUCCAUUACUUCUAUAUAAAAAAACAACAAAAACAGACCCUCAUGGAAUGAGGCAGAAUCCAUGACCAGAAUAGAACAGAUUGAACUGAACAGCUAAUUAUAGAAGUUUUUCUCCCUGUUUACUGUUUGUGCUAAAUAUAGAACAACCUCUAAAAGAACUAAAUCCCAUUCAUGUUCCUCUGAGUUCUUCCUCGUUGCAGAAGGUGUGUGUGGGUGUACGCAACUGGAAAAUCCGCUGGUCAGAUCAGAUCAGGUAAUUCCCCUGCCUGCACUGUAUAAAAUCACGCUGUGCUGUAACUGAGCUUCAUUCACUCUGAACACCUCACUCUCUACACACCAACACCAAGACACCGAGACCAUGACUCGUCUUACAGGACCUGCUCUCGCUCUCCUGCUGCUGCUGACUGUCAGCCUGUUCACUCAGGAAACCUCAGCUCUGGCCUGCUGCAGGAAAUACUCCAAAGGAGUGCUCGACUUCUCACACAUCAGAGGAUACUCCAUCCAGACCGUCAAAACCGUCUGCAAGAUCGACGCCAUCAUAUUUCACACUAAAACAGGCCGGAACGUGUGCGCUAACCCUGCUCAGACCUGGGUGAUGCAGAGCAUCCAGAUGCUGAGGGAGAAAGUAAAGACUAUGAUGAAGAAGAACACAAAGCAGUGAAGAAACUGAUUAAAACUACACUAUUCCAAGCUUUACCAAAAUAAAUAUUUAACUAAUUAUUAAUAAUAAUAAUUAUUAUAUUUUUUUAACUAUUAAUGUUCUGUUCUUUAUGAAGAAUACAUACUCAAUUUGCAUAUUUGUAUAUGCCUGUUUUAAUGUUACAUUACAUGUAAUAAAUACUAUAUCACUUUCCUAAAAAGCUC